AUGUCCCUUGGGUCUUCGCGCUUAUCUACUAAUUGGACGGCUUCGUUACAUUCUCAUGCUGUUGGGUGGGACGACAGAAGGAACGGACGAAGCUCGCGGAUUUUCGAACUCGAAAAUGUAGACGCCAAAAGAAAGUGGUUCUUGACUGUUCAAGGCGCCAAAGGCAAGUGGUAUCGCACUGCCUUGACGUUUACGCCCUUGCCCAACGACCACUCCAUGCACUGGUGGAGGCACGCCCGAGGCGACCUUUCCCCCACACAGCCCGGCACGGAAACGCCGUUUAAGAGUGCACCCGUAAAGCGAGCGGGGUAG